AUGGCCUCUACCAAGGGGCUCGUCCCCAUCACGCGAAGUUUCCUCGCUGCGUUCUACGCGAAGCACCCGUUCGAUCCGCUGCACGACGACGUGGAGAAGCUCUUCGCGCGCCUCUCGGAACUCAGCGAGGCGAUCGAUGCCAAGCGCGUCGCCACAGAAGGUUCGCUACGGCCCCUUCCCACUUCGCCUCGCUCUUGUCGCUCGUCGAAAGUUUCGCUCAAUAAGAUCUGUCUGUCGGUAGAUUUAGUAGCAUCUGCUAUUGCUCCUCGGCACACAUCAAUGAUGGGAUUUUUCCGUCGUUCUGGUUCUUCUCUAGCUCGCAAUGUUCCCGUUUUAGAAACGACUUGGCGAUCAGUCGGAGUAAAACAUUAUCUUGAUGACCUGCCGCCGCACAAGCUGGACGAAAACUUCUGGAAGAAUCGCGAGCAGCUCGAAGAAAUUCUGUUCCUUUUAGACGAUGCCCAACUGCCGGCCGCGGUGAAGGCGGGCGAGUCGCCGGCGGGGAAAGCAGCAGCGGAGGCAAUCGGGAAGUGGAAGGAAGAGCUGCAGACGACGCUGGGCCUGAUCGAGAAGUUUCAAGAAGUCACCAGCGAGCGCAUCACCAGCAUGGUGUUCACGUACAUGCCGCAGGACUUCCGCGGCACGCUGCUGAAGCAGCAGAAGGAGCGGUCGGAGGCGCGGCGCAAGCAGGAGGUGGCGAACCUCGUGAGCAACGGCGGCACCAUCAAGCAGAAAUACGCGCUGCUCUGGCAGCAGCAGAUGGACAGGCGGCACACACUGGCGUCACUGGGAGCAGCCACGGGCAUCUACCGCACACUAGUCACCUACCUAGUUGGCGUGCCGCAGAUCCUGCUUGACUUUGUCAAGUCUAUCAACGACCACAACGGGCCCAUGGAGGAGCAGCGGCUGUCGUACGGGCCGCCGCUGUACCGCCUCACGGCGCUCGCCAAUCGCCUGCACAUCUUCCUCGCACUCUGGUGGUCCUCCUUCGACGAAUGCGCCGAGAAUGCGUCUGACUACGUGGGCGUGGUGAGCGACGCUGCAGCCAUCUACUCCAAGGAGAUUGCGCGAUUCCUCACGCUCCUCAGCGAUGUGUUUGAGCAGUCGCCGUUCUUGAUAUCCCCAGAGGAGGCCAUGUCCGCUGAGGAUAAGAGCAAGCUGGAAGAGUUCAAGGAGCUCAACAUCGCAUAUGGCCAGAGCUCGCAGGUGCCAGUGACAGUGGACGCAGUGGGCACCCUCGUCGCCUGGGAGUUCAGCCUCACCUAUGGCAAGGAUAUCGGCUUCAACGUGGAAUAUACUGCAGAAGACGGCACCAAGACGGGCAUGGUGCCGUACCAAAAAGUGGACAAGCAUGAGGGUAGCUUCAAUGCGCCUGCAGUGGGCUCGUAUACCAUCACAUGGGAUAACACCUACUCCCUCCUCACAAAGAAGACUGUGCGAUACAAGGUGGGAGCCAUUCCUCCAGUGGAGACAGAGGAGGAGUUGAAAGCAGAGGAAGCUCUUUCACACCCAGAGAAUGCCAGCACACCUACUGCUGCUGAUGCAGAUGCAGUAGCACUAGUCGCUGUGUUGGCACUAACGCCAUGGAGCGACGAGCCGGGGCGCUCUGGAGACGGAGUCCGGCUAGCCAUGGGGCAGGCAGAGAGCCCGCUGAUUGGUCAAGGAGUGGACCCGUUCACGUCGAAUGUGGUGGACGAGCCGGUGCCCGUGUAUCUCUCCGUCAUGCUACGAAAGCUUAUCGCCGUUGAUGAGCUCAAGUACAGCUACAGCGCGUACUUUCAGGUCGUCACGUCGUGGCGCGAUCCCCGAGUGAACGACACGCUGGGGGUGAUGAAGGUGAUGGAUCAAUUCGCGCCGGACCUCGUGGCGGACGCCAUGAGCAACUGCAAGCCCAACGUCACCUUCGCGGGCUUCAACAUUAGCCAGAAAUCCGAGUGCAUUGACGGAUUCAGUCAGACGGGUCUGCCGCAGCUCAAGGACUGCAAGAAGCCGUGCACGCCGGCGGGCACGCGGUGCUGCGACGGCGUGUGGCUGCCCUCGCUCAACAUCCCCAAUGUCAUCUUCUUCCCGCAGGACCGAUACUUCACCGAGAGCAUCUACUUCUUUGGCGACAUAGGCCCGGACAUGAGCGCCGUGGACCGCGAGGUGGUCGUGGAAGGCGAGUUUUCCUCCCCGUUCAACUUUCAGCGCUUCCCCUUCGACACACAAGACCUGCGGUUCACAAUAACGGUGGAGAGCGGCAACAUCUACCUAGUGACGUCCAACUCGGGCCGGCAGCAGGAGCAGGCGUCCAAGGGGCUCAGCGGGGGCGGUGGGGGGGGCUUUGCCUCGGACGAGGUCACGGGGUGGCGAAUUAGCCGCGUGGGGCUCAACUGCUCCGCUAGUUCCUCCAACACCGCUGUUUCGGACCUCGCUAACUAUGCCCAAGAUGACCCGUGGGCGCAGGUGAGCAGCGGAGGGGGAGCAGUGGACCCAUCGAGGCCCACUACGUGUGUGUUUCUCAUCUCCAUCCAGCGCACCAGCGGCGUCUACGUCCUCUCCGUGAUUAUCCCCGUGAUGCUGAGCGUGUACCUGACCUUCUCUGUGUUCUUUGCCAAGCCAGAGGACCUCGAGGUCCGCUCCGCCACCUGUGUCACGCUCUUCCUCGCCCUCGCCGCCGUGCAGUUUGUCAUCGACAGCCAGCUGCCGCGCACGUCAGCCAUAACGCAGUUUGGGUACCUGGUGAUCACGUCCUACAUCUUCAUCAUGCUCUCCACCAUUGAAUCCGUCAUCGUCUUCUGGCUCGCCGACCGGAUAGAGAAGGACGUGGUGAAGGCAGUGAGCAAGCGAUUAAGGUCACGCAAAGAGAAGCCGCCCGCGCCAUCGUCGCACGACACGUACAACACACUCUCUGUCGAGCUCAUGAAGUCGCAGCUGCCGCCUCCGGCCGGCGUUGGGGAGGGCGAGAUGAGCGUAGACGAGCGGGACGACGGGGAGGCGAAGCGGUCGGAAACGAGUGGACCGCCGGCAGGGCCUUCGGACGGGCACGGGGAGAGUGAGAAGCCGGACGAUGAUACCAAGUGCGACCCGAGUGGCUGGCCUUGGGGAUGCCUUCGUCACUGUGGUUACCGUUACAAGUCGAAGACAGAGGGACACGAAGACGAGGCCAAUUAUAAGCUUGCUGUUGUGAUUGAUGCUGUCUGCUUCAUCGUCUUCUUUAUUGCGUACACUGUACAACGGGCGCCCCCGGCCGUGGCGGCAACUCCGAUGGAGGUGGCGCAGAAGGGAUGGUCUUAUUCGCAGUACGGCUCCGCCGUCAGGGACCUCCAAUUCGGCACCGUUCCUCUGCCCGAAGUUGCACCCGACCAG